AUACAUGUGAACGCGCUUUAAACUUAUAGAAACCAGCCAAUCUAUUGCCAUAUUGUUUUGGAUAAUUUCGUGGGAUCGAACACGCAAUACGCGAUUGCAAAUAUGUCGGCUCUUAGAUCGGUCUUACGGCGAUUCACCAGAUCUUUUAAAACUUCCUCUGCAAGGAGAAGCGACGAGCACGAUCCAGAAGGUUUUCCUGGUGCAAAUGUUCCUUUUGACAUCACCAAUAAAUACAAGCUUGCCGCACUUUUCACUGUCUACACUGCAAGUGGACUUGCAGUACCUUUUGCUGUACUUCAUUACCAUUUGCAUCUUAAGUAAUAUGUGUAUUACAGUAUUAACAUUAGUACAUUAGUAAAAA